AUGUCUAUCGAAUCUUUUGAUUUGCUGCUUGAAAAAGUGCGUCCUAGAUUAAUAAAACAAAGAAUUGCUAUUGCUCCAGAGCAGAGAUUAGUUUUAACUUUAAGGUUUCUUGCUACUGGCCAUUCUUUUAGGGAUUUGGCAUUUGCUUUUCGUAUGGGCAGAAGCACAGUCAGUGCAAUCGUUUCGGAGACUUCUGUUAUUAUAUGGAAAGAACUUGUUAAUGAAUAUAUGCCUGCUCCAACAACAGAUCAUCUUAAAACAGUGAUCAACGAUUACUAUACGCGAUGGAAGUUCCCUAACUGUUUUGGCAGUAUUGAUGGCAAACAUUGUCAAAUUAAAUGUCCAGCAAGCUCUGGAUCACAUUAUUUCAAUUAUAUGCAUUAUUUCUCCAUUGUUCUGCAAGCUGUAGCUGAUGCUGACAAAAAGUUUCUCACAAUAGAAGUUGGUGGAAGAGGAAAACAAAGUGAUGGCGGAACUUUUGCAGGUUCCAAAUUAUUUACGUUGCUUGAAACUGAGAAGUUCAAUGUGCCUCCUCCACAAGCACUGCUCGAAUCAAAUAUUGUACUACCGAAUUUUUUGAUAGGUGAUGAAGCUUAUCCUUUGAAACCUUAUUUGUUAAGACCGUACCCACGGAGGGAUUUAAAUGCACGAAAUGAACAUUUUAACGAUCGACUUUCAACGGCAAGAAAAUGUAUAGAAUGUGCAUUUGGAAUAAUGGGGUCAAAAUGGCGUUUUUUGCAAAAAAACAUUGAAACGAAACCGAGAACGGCGAUAAAUUUGAUAAAAUGUGCUUGCAUACUGCACAAUUUUGUGAGAGAGUGCGAUGGAGACAGUGAUUUGGAUUAUAUACAAGUAACAUCAGCAAUGCCAAACGACGCAGUACGAACAAGCAAUGCAGCAGCAGCAGGUUCCCGUUUUAAUAGAAGUACCCAUACAGCUCUGGAUGUUCGAAGUAAAAUAACGGAGUAUUUUUUUGAUUUUGCACACUAAACCACAGGCGUUAACUUGCUUUGCACUAAACUAUGUAUCACAUAAACUUUAAAUAAAAACUUACCACUUAAACCACAAAUUUCACCAACUUCCUUCCAUAAUUUGUCAGUAAUAUUUUUAUUUUUAAAAUUGGCAUUUCUAUCUUGCCAUGAAUCUGUUCGAGAUUGCACACAUGAAAUUAACAACUCAAUGUUUACUUUCGCCAUCUUAA